UCAAAAGAAUCGAUUCCGGAAAAUGAGUCGGACUUCCUAACUACAAACACUCUGCAUGAGCAUAUCAUAAAUAAUUUGUAUAACGUUAUAAACUAUACAUCGCAUAUAAUCCGUUAGUCCGAAAUUGGUUAAUUUUUAUAAGCGCGACACAAUCAUGAUUUACUAAAUGGAUGUGAAGUUUGUUCUUUACGUUACGUUAGUUCUAACGUGUGUUUUGUAGGUUGCACGAACUUUCACCUCAGUUACCACAGCCACGCAGGAUCCUGUGGAUUUUGACAGGACAUACAGUGACUGCACUAACACGGAUCUGUAAAUUUGACCACAUGGAAACUUUCAUCGGCUUCACUAACCAGAGUCAAGGCAGGGAUCGCAUAUUCAGAGCAACCCAAUAUGCGUGCGCUGUGGCGAAAUACCUUCUGAGAAAUGAAGCGAAGAGGAAAGAGCUGGUGAAAAAGCUGCAGUUUCUGGAGUCUAAUAUGAGCUCGGGGCGGAAGCUAUUCAGGCUUGGGAACUCAGUCAACUCGAUUCAUGCAGCCAAGAGCACUCUUCAUAUUUCUGACCCCGUGCUGCGCUUUUGCCUUACGUUUGGCAACCUCAACCGUGCCUUGUACUUCAUCUGUGACAACAUACUCUGGGCCAGAAGUAUCGGGCUAAUACGAGAUAUCGACAAGGAGCGCUGGAGCUUGAGCUCCACUCGCUUCUAUUUCCUGUCCUUGGUCAUGAAUCUCACCCGAGACGUCUAUGUGAUCAUUCAGCUUAUGGUGCAGAAGUCUCGGGACCGACACUACCAGAAAAAAAUCGACCAGCACCUCAAUGAAAGCCCGGAUGUGGCUUGUGUCAUAGUGCCUCAGCUUGAUGCGUUUCUCUUCCUUCUCCUCGAGAGCCUGAGAAAUGAACCAUCUGUGGCUCUCGAUACAUUUAAAAAUGUUUGCGACCUUUUCAUUCCACUUGACAAACUGGGCAUUUACCAGACAAAUGCUGGAGUGGUUGGCUUCUGUGGGCUUGUUUCCUCUCUUUUAGGCAUAUUGUCAGUUUUGAGGCCCAGCCUUAAAAUCAAGCCAUGAUUUUGGAAAAUGCUUUAGAAUAACACCCAAAAUGUCUUGUAUAAGGAAACUUUCCUAACAUAUUUUUGAUGUAAUUUUAGUGUGAAAUUAGACUACGAUUAAGCUCACUUUUGUAAAGGGAUCAACUUACAGUAAUUGUUCUAUAAGAGAGACAUGAGAACAGCAUAUACCUGUAAUUCGGCAGUGCACCUGUAGGGCUGUUCUGCACAAAAUAACAAUAAUAAAAAAUAAUAGCAUCAUUUAGAUAAAAUUUUGCAGUGUGGGUUU